CCUGCCGCCGACCCGGCGCCCUCUGACGUCACGCGCCCAGACAGGGUGUUCCAUGUAUCAUGUCGGUAUACAUAUAAUCGCGAAAUCACUCCUCGGUGAUUCAGUCUCAUAGUUACGGUCCGCGUGGAAACAAUGUCACCGCGGACAUAUUUUCUCAUUUCAUUUGUUAUACCCGUUUUGGCGCGAAAGAUUGGUGGAGGUGGUGUACAUCACGGUGGAGUCGGUGGACACGGUCACAGCUACCCGCCGUCGCCUGGACUGUCCGGAACACACAACCAUGGUUCUUAUGUAAAUGCAGGACAUACUUACGGCGGCCAUCCAAAUCCAAGCAAGACGGGAGCCUCUUACCCAUAUUCAGAAACAGGUCUCUCUGGAAACGGUAAAUCGUCUCAGGGGACCCAACACAAAAAAACAGACGUUCACCAUCACUAUAAUUACCACUACCACUACAAUCCCCCACAGCAGAUAAAUUAUGGAAGUACUUAUCAUCCGGUAUACCACGGAGCACCUCCAACAUAUAUUUACGAAUACAGAGAUUCAGGCAGCAGAUUCGACACGUUGUUAACCGGUCUUGCAUUGUACAAUUUAGGGCGAAUGUCAUCUGGCAGCUAUCAUCACCACUACAACAGUGAGUACCAUGGUAACCCUGGAGAAAAGUGCAAGUUUGCUAUUUAUAAGGAUAAUGGUGAUUAUGAAGAGACCCGUAUUGAUUGCAAGUUGAUGUCGAGUUUCAUUUGGGAAUACGAAAAAACGCCGAACAGCAUCGAAUCAUCGAAACCUGUUGCUGUAACCAAUAUCGAAAAUACUGUCACAAUUAAUAACGAUAGUUCAGUGACAAGGGUUCAGAACAAAACAGUAGUCGUUGAAGACGCACUAAAAGUAAAGGGUCCUUCGAUAUUAGUGGCCCCAGGGAUGAGGUGUUACAUGAUCCGUAUUUCAAGAGAUUCUUCCAUGAUGCGGAAGCAAGUCGACUGUGGGCUGCUUCAAACUUACGCCAUGACCUCUUUUCGGAGUAAUUCUAGUCGGAAUAUAUCCGUGAUUACCUCUUUAAUAACGUUUAGUUGCGUUUUGCGUUUAUUACAGUAAGUAAACCUAUGAACUAUUUGUGUGCCUAAACAAAUCUAACCGUUUAUUCUUAUUAGUUAAUAAAACG